UCUAUUUUUCAAACAUGAUUCCUGAUUUUAUUUCAUCCUUAAAAGAUAACCCAUAUUUUGGCGCAGGGUUUGGCUUAGUAGGUUUGGGUACUGGUUUAGCAUUAUUAAGAAAAGCUAGCCAAUAUGCUUUUAUUUAUUUUCGACGUCGUUAUGUCAUGACGUUAGAAAUUCCUAGUAAAGAUAAAAGUUAUCAUUGGGUUUUAAGGUGGAUAACUACAGCAAAUAAGAAAUCCCAACAUCUUAGCGUUGACACUCAAUUCAAACAAUUUAAUAAUGGGAAAGUGUCUUCUGAAUUCAACUUUAUCCCCAGCUUAGGCAAUCAUUUCUUUUUUUAUCGAGGUACAUGGAUAAAAAUGGAAAGGACAAGAGAGUCAAAUGUUGUUGAUUUAAACACUGGAACCCCAUGGGAAUCAUUAACCUUAACUACACUAGGCACAACUCCAAAUCUAUAUAAAUACUUAUUGGAAGAAGCUAAAGUGAAAGCUUUGAAAAGUAUGGAAGGCAAAACUGUUGUUUAUACAGCAUUAGGAACUGAUUGGAGGCCAUUUGGAUUUCCACGGAAGAAACGUCCUAUAAACUCAGUUAUAUUAGAUAAAGGAAUUGCUGCAAAUAUUAUAGGAGAUAUUCAGGAGUUUAUACAGAACCCUAUUUGGUAUAAUCAAAGAGGUAUUCCUUACAGAAGAGGCUACUUACUCUAUGGACCACCGGGUUGCGGUAAAAGCAGUUUUAUUCAGGCCCUGGCAGGAGAGAUAAAUCACAAUAUAUGUAUCCUUAACCUGAGCGAGAGGGGGCUUACCGAUGACAGGUUAAACCAUUUGCUCAGUGUCGCGCCAGAGCAAUCCAUCCUUUUGCUAGAGGACAUAGAUGCCGUUUUCGAUUCUAGGGAAGAAAAUGCCGCGGUAAAAAAGAAAUUUGAAGGAUUGACUCGCAUAACCUUCUCGGGCCUUCUAAACGCGUUAGAUGGAGUAGCCGCCUCGGAAGCUAGAAUUUUAUUCAUGACGACUAAUUAUUAUGACAGAUUGGACCCAGCACUUAUAAGACCUGGUAGGGUAGAUUUCAAACAAUAUGUAGGCCCGGCUUCCGAUCAUCAAAUCACCGAAAUGUUCCGCAAAUUUUACCCCGAAUGCGAGCACCACAUUUCUCGGGAUUUUUUAACGCAACUCAAAUUACGUCUACCAAGUUUAGGCGAAACGGGAAAAGACAUUAAUCUGACACCGGCUCAACUGCAGGGGUAUUUCGUGAUGUUCAAGGAUAGCCCCGAAAAAGCUUUGGCCAGUAUUAGCUCUCAGCUGAGCCAACUGCUGUAAAUUCUUAAUUUAUGGCUUUUUAAUUAAUUUAGGAUUACAUAAAAAAAUCAUAACUUUUUUCGAAAUUGUUAUUAUCUCGUAAAAACAAAAUGGAUUUUUCAAUACGCGCGUAAACAAACAAAAUUAUAUACUAUAAAAUGAUGGAUAAA